AGAGACAAUUUCCCCUUGUUCCAGCUGACAUGCAUGUGACUAACCUAACAGUGUGUUUUAACAGGAAAACCCUUCCCUUGUCCACUAUUCCCUCUGGACAAGUAUGAACCAUCUACAUGGGUUUGCUCUAUACCUAACACGGCUUUAAUAUUAAGAGACGGUUUCCUUCUUCCUUCCUCGCCCCUAUAUCUGUCACCGCUAAGCUGAAUAUGUCGGCAUGGAAAGAGAAGCUAAGGAGAGUUGUUACAGUGGAGCCGGUGAUUUUCUUCUACAUGACCAGCACUUUCAUCGUGACACCUGCAUAUCAACAGAUGAUUAUCACAAAGGUAUGUCAAGAAUUGCUCAAGAAUGAAACUCUCUGCAGUAACCCCGAGCACCACAAAGGGGACGAGGAGAUUGAGACGACCGCCUCCUACAUCCUUCUUCUGUUCAACGCCACCCUGAGCCUGGUCUCCAUCCCUCCGGCUAUAAUGCUGGGCUCCUGGUCUGACCGCGCCGGCCGUCGGUCGGUCAUGGCGUUCCCUUCUCUGUUGUCCCUGCUGAGUGGGGGUUUGCUCUUGGCUGUAGGCCUGUUGGGAAACAUCAGUGUUUACUGGACCCUGCUGGCUGCUGCCCUCACAGGCCUGACAGGUGGACAUGUCUCUAUUUUCCUCAGCUCCUUCAGCUACCUGGCCGACUUGACCAUGGGCUCCAGCUCCAGUCGCACUUUACGUAUGGCCGUGGCCGAGUCCAUGAUCUUUGUCGGCGGUACAGUGGGCUUCCUGCUUGGUGGAUUUUUGGAGCAAGAACUUGGGGUCAAGGCAGCGUUCGGGGCUUACAUUGGCUGCCACGUCCUGGCAUUACUUUAUAUUGCGCUUUGGCUGAGAGACCCUCCGACGGGGAAAAAUACAUGCAUAUCUGCCUAUAAAGAGGACACAGCUGAGCAAUGUUCUCCAGAAGACCAGUCUCGGCUGUAUAUCCUAAAGUACGCCAAGCUGUCUUUCAAAGCAGUGUUCAAGAGGAGGUCAGGGCAGGAGAGACUGAAAUUGCACUUUCUCAUUCUCUGCACCUUCAUAAAUAACCUGGUGGCUGUUGGGGAUCAGUCGAUCUUGCUGUUGUAUUUGAUGUACGAGCCUCGAGAGUUUACGACUGCCCUGUUUGGGGUUUUUAACUCUGUGAGGAUGCUCUUGUUGGGCUUUGGUCUGCUGGGUCUAUUCCCUGUGCUGAUGAGGUGUAUUAAGGAGAUGACUUUAGCAAAACUCAGCGCUGUGUUCAGAAUCGCCUCUUACGUCCUACUCGCCUUCUCAAACAACACAUGGAUGGUCUUCCUUGUUGCUGUAGUCGGUACUCCAGCUGGUAUCAGCCAAGCAGUGAUUCGUUCUUUGUCUUCUGCCAUCGUGGGACCUGAUGAACAAGGUGCCAUGUUCUCCUUCUCUGCCUCAGUGGAAGCGACCUGCAUCCUCAUUGCUUCUAUGAUCUUUAACGGGCUGUACCCCCUGACCCUGACUACUGUUCCUGGGAUGCCCUAUAUCAUCAUGGCGGUCUUCAUGCUCAUCGUGCUCAUUCUCUUGCAGUGGAUUAGCGAGAUGCCCGCCACUCAUCCUCGCCUUGUGCUUUCAGACUGAAUCUCCUCCUGGGUAAUUCUUCCAGCACAAAGUGGAUCCAUAUUGGACGCUUUUCUGUGACAAACUGAUCUUCUCUAAAUGUCCAACUAAAUGAUUCUGCAUCCAGGGAA